GCGGCUACGUGUGAGAUACGCCCCCUUAUAGCUAAAGCUUAGCACAAAACUACAUUAGAAGAAAGCAGAAAGAUGCCUGUAAGCAAGAGAGACGCAGAACGUGCCUUGGCUAUUAUUGAAAAUCUGAUAACACAGGGUGAAUCUUCUUUAGAUACAAAAGGUCAGUCCUCAUCAACUGCCCGUUAUAAUGAAGAUGAACUACUACGUAGCUUAUCCAAUCUUCAGUCUACUGCAGAUAUCAUGAAAAGUCCACUGUUCUCAUCACUCGUUCAAAUCCAAAGCCAAUACGAUCAGACAGUCAGAGAGAAACCCCUAACAUGUUCCAGUCUAUCAACAGAUCCUGGUAAAAAGACUGGUCUGAGGUUAGAAAGUGACCCCACCCUUCUUUUUCAAUUUCAACAGAGAUAUGGCAUCACUAAUGCAGAAAUGCACCCGAACAGAUUUGCUAUUGCUAAGUUAUCAACAGAGGCAACGAAAGAUGGUUCCCAUAUUGAACACAGCGGACAAUCACCUGUUUUUUUUCAACCCGAAACUGUUUCUAGCUUUCCAUCUACAUUUGUUGGUGACCUAUCAUUUGAAGAGCCCCAAAAAGAACGUUCAAAAUCGUUGAAGAAACCGGUCCGGAAAGUUACUACAACAAAGUUAUUUAGCCGCAAGGCAAGUACAGUUAGCACUGGAAGCGUUUCUCUUGCUGAUUUAGCGGCUGUUACUGUCAUAACUAACUCUGGCAAUGAACUUAGUGACAUCAUUCACAACUCAAGCAUUGCGCUAGGGAAUGCGGUUGCCUCCAGUGAGAGUAGUCUGUCUUCUUUUAUAUCAGAUGUUUCAAAACCAUCGCUACUCAUGGCUAUCGAACAGGAGACAUUCCCUACUGCAUGUCAACCGAAGUCCCCACAAAAUAAUGAGGAUUCCGUAGAGGCUUUGAGACAGCAGGAAGGGAAAAUAGAGAUCACUGAUGAAAAUAUGUAUGUAACUCCUGAUAUGUGCAGUUGUCCUGUCGAUAAAUUGUUUGUAUCUCAUGAACAAGAUCAAGAAGACUCUCAAAGCGAUAUUGAUCUGCAGGUGGUGAGCUCAACCGAUGCUGUUAUCACGAACUGGGAUGUAAAAUGUGGAAAACGUACCGCCAGGAGUCAAAAUUGGUAUGCUGAAAUUGAAGAAACUGAUAAACCAAAGGAUAGUCUUUUUUUUAUGAGAGAUGAAGGAAGUCAAGCAAAAAUCAGAGAGAUCGCGAAACCAAAGCAGUCAAGAUACGUGACAUUGAAAUUACCUGAUGGUAGAGGAGUGGGACUAGGAAUGGAUUUGGUUGGUGUGAGCUCAACUGGCGUAUUUGUUAGUGAGCUAUAUCCAGGAUGCGUGGCUUUCUCUUCUGGCCUGAUCCAUGAAGGAGAUCAAGUUUUACAGCUCAACCAACACGACACAAGGAGUAUGGCCAGCUUUGAAGUUGACAUGCUGAUCAGAGAAAUAUCCCCUGGUUCUGAAAUAUACCUAGUACUUAUACAUAACCCAAUAGGGUGGAUUGAAUAUCAAAAGCUAUGUCAGUAGUGACAAUUUUAUGCAAGUUUACAGUCUAUACAUUAGUUAUGCAUCUAUCUAAUUAUGUGUCACUGAAUUGUAAUUAUUAAAUGCAUAAUUAUAUACAUGUAACCACAUAUUUUUUAUGAACCAUUCCCUGUCAUUUUGACAUCAACUCUCAACUCAAAUAAUUAUUUUCGUGACUUGUACAUGUAUAUAAUUUAUUCAUAUAGAGUCUACUUCGUCUUCG